AUGGGCAAUUAUGUUGAGCAGACCAGCACAGAUAUAGUUGGGACACCCUUAUAUACUGCACCUGAACUUGCCAAGGCAUUAAAAAAUAAACUCUUGAUGUUUAGAACAGGUAUUGAUAGUGAUAGUGAUACUGCUCAAUAUUUUUCUACAUUUAAAUCAACUAGAAAUGAUAUUGAUGAGAUUGAAACUGUUGUGGAUUUUAUUCUUAAAUUGUGUCAGGUAGAUAAAGAUCAAAGGAUGACUGCUGAUCAAGCCUUGCAACAUACAAUACUUAAUUAA